AUCAGAGUGUUCUUGAUACAAACGUUUCUAUUCAAUUAUUUAUCAUAGCUGAUUGACUAGCAAAAACUUUGAGGUUUUUAACGAACACCCUACGUCUCUCUUUAUAUCAUGACGCUUAAGUAAACUUUUAUGUCAGAAAAAGGCUUCAUGGCAGCUGUUUUGUGACAUCUUCCGUACAGGGUUUCGAAAUGGAUUAAUAAUAUGACCGGUGGAAACGAAAACUACAGUCCCACUGGAAGCGUUUCAUCUCGAAGGAGCAGUCGAGGAAGCCCAGCUCUGAGUUUACAAGAAAAAAUUGAUCUCAACUUGUUUGUGUUUCCGUUGGAAAAGAAAUACAGGUGUCCAAUUUGCGAAAGCGUUCUUCGAUACCCGGUACAGUUUGAGGAGUGCGGCCACCGAGUGUGUUCGUCGUGCUUUCCCGAACUAGCGAGGUAAGAUAAGUCGUUACAGUGAAAAUAAAUGCAAAGUAACUUGGUUUUUUUGUCCGAUUUUAAUGAUAAUGAGAAAUCCGGCGUUGCCCUUUUGUUAAAGCAACGUCUGAGGUUUAUAUAGCAGAGAAAGGCACACGGUUUUAAAUUACGCCGUUCAAUUGGAGUCGAUUUAGGUUUACAAACACGAGCUGAAAUAAAAGCACUUGUGUAGUGAUCAAUUUUUAUUUCAUGAAUACGUGCAACAUUAACAUGAGGAUAAUCCGCGUCUCUCGGAUAUUGCGCAAGCUUUACAUUAAAUCUCAAUUGUGUCAAAUUGAAAAUUUACAAGGGAAUAGGACAGGUGUAGGUUUUUCACUGGCCUGUGAAUGAUUCAUCUUUUAUUUUUUCAUUUAAUAUCUUCAAUAUCUUUUGUAGCCACGUAAAACAAUAAAGUCAUCUAUUCCGUUAUUUUCGGGUCCUGUUUUGUGAACAUGGAAAUCACCAAACGAGGUGACGAACAAAUAAAUUGAUGCUGUUUCGGUGUUUAAGAACCUUUUCAAAGGAAAUGAAUGGGAAUUAUUUAUUUUUUUUAUCUGAGUCUCACAUACACUGCAAUUGAAUGGUUUUAGGAGUGACCCGUGAAAUGCAAACUGAUUUUUCCAACGAAUGAACUUGGCCGCAGACACUUAACAAACAAAGCUUAAAUUUAUGCAAUAGAAGCAAAUUUCUGAAAUUUGCAUUGAAACCAAAAAAAUUGAAUCUGAUUUUGAGUUACGCUCUUCAGUGUUAUUACAGAGUCACUAUGUUUGGUGUUAUUAUUGUUGUUUUUAUAUUUCAGAUUAGAACCACGUUGCCCUGUGGAUCAGACACCCAUCAACAAAGACGCGGUGAGUUGUACUGAGCUCGUAGAUGUUUAAAUAUUAUGCAGAAAAACUGCUUUAAUUUCUUAAUUUCUUCACCCCAAGGGUCGAGUUGAAAAAAAAUCUGAAUUAUAGCAAUGUUUUUAGAUCAAGCUUCGAUCUAUGGUUUCAAUUUGAAUGAUCGCACUUUAAUAUUACUUGAGCGGCAGUCAAAAGGCAGAUCAGGCAGCUCAUGCAGAGAGUUAGGUAAACAGUACUACAAGUGCAACACGACAGCACUGCCCGGCUAUACCGCCUGCUUCCGCUUCAGCUGUCAUUUAAAUAAUUCCAAUUUUGAUUUUCAUAUACUGAAUAAAAAGAUAAGCUACUCCCUAAACAAGAUAAACAGCACCACAUGAGAGUUGAUUUCAGUAAGAUGGAGUCAAUUUUAAUGAACAUCGGCACGCGUUAUUAAACACUUUUUAAAAACCUUCAUGCUAUCUUUUUUGUGCUGAGAACGUAAAUGGAGGGCUAUUUGAACCCUUUUACUGAAAUUUUGAUCUUAAUCUUGAAAACUCCAGUGACAGGAAGAGAAAUAGUGAAAAGACUUGUUGUUUUUCUUUCCGAAAAAUUCAAGUUGGUCCAUUUGGAGGCAAGACAAAACUUUUUAAUCCCCUACCGGAACAAAAGGUGUAUAAUGUACGGGGCGAUCUGAGGCACUAUUUUACCACAGAGACCUCUGCAUAUGGAAAUACGAUUUAGCUUAACUACAAGUGUGAUUUUAAAGGCAACCGUAUAGCCUCUCAGACAUGACGAGUACCAUUAUUAUCCACGACACUGAAGUCGGAGAGGUAGAGACCACCAGUAGUAGUUUAUUGCGCGGAUUAUUUACAUAACACCUCUUUAUUUUUGCAGGCAUAUGUUGACAAGGCUUUUAACAACGAGAUCUUAGCACUUGAUGUAAAGUGCAAAAACAGUGAGGAAUUAGGCUGUAAAUGGGAAGGAGAAUUUCAGCAUUACCAGGUGAUAAAUACACAUUUGGUUUGACAAAAAUCCUUCUCUCGCUUCCCAGAACGAAACUAACGAAGCACGUGAACGGCAUAUUUUAAACCAACAACCACAACAACAAACAAAACGCCCAGAGAUUAAAAAAUUAUGGUAAAGAAGCUUUCAGCAUCCCGCAACGCAAAACUGGAAAAGGCUUGUAAACCCAGCCAGUCUACUAAACGGACUUAUCAUCCAUAUUUAUUACAGCAAAUGAAUUCUAAAACUUAAAAAUACAAAAACAAAAACAGAAAACAAAACAAAAUCUGAAAAAGUUUUACGCUCACGAUGUGGUAUUUAAACGGCUGUUUUCAUAAUUUCCCGGACCCCCAUGGGUUAUUUUGACAGAGUGGAUGUACAGAUUAUUGCCGAUUUUGUACUGGCUAUACCAAAAAUAGGUGUUAAUGCUUUUAAAUAUAGAUCCCUGCAGCUCUGGAAAUGUACAUAACACAGUCAUGUCAAUUCAUUGCUUUGUUAUGAAAAACUAAUUUUGGGCUAAUGGAUAUCUUUAGUCAAUUUCUCUUCGUUUAGAAGUAAUUUUGGAGAAAGAGGAGAUUAGCAACAGCAACAGUAAAAACAACAACAACUUUGAUAAGCAUGAUAAAAAGAAAGAACAUUUCCCGAUUUGAUUUUUUAUGUUUAUGAUACAAACCAGUGAAGUUUACAUAUUAAGCACACUGUACAUAAAAAGCGUUUGACAAGGCUCAACUUUGGAAAAAAGAGAGAGAGAGAUGAAAAAAUAAGCACCUGUCUUCGUCGUCUCUUUAAGCCGGAACAUGCACUACGCGUGGGUAGUGAUCCAUCUCUAUUGCACUUUCUGUUGUAUUAUCUUUGUUCAUUCGAAUUUUAAAUCGUUCGAAUUGUUUUCUGAAAUACCCAGCAAGAUCAACCCCUCGAAAAAAUCUGAUCCCAGUGCAGUCGGCGUUAUUAAAGGACGAAAAAACUUGUUAUAUACAAAGUUCAAUUUUUAAACCUUUCGGUAAGAAAAUGAGCAUGUGUAUUUUUUCCCUUUUUUUAUUACCUAGCGGAAGAUUAAUCUUAAAUGGAAGAUUAUUAAGUUCAUUUGUCAUAAAAGAAAGAGUGAUAUUUUAAGAAACUGUUCCUAAUAUAUAAAAUGCCGGAAGUGUUCCCUCUCAACUUGUGAAUUUUCACAGACUUUUUUCCCUUCUGUUUUCCUUUCUUGUCACUAAUUCAGUGUGAUUUGUCAAGGUUUCGGUAACCAUCGUUAAUAGAUAUCUCGGCUAUCAAUCUAAAGCUUUGCCGAGCAUUGUUUAACUCGCAUGUUCAAAUAAAAAGUUUACUCUGUUUAAUGAAAAUGCGGUUUUUUUUAAGCUGGCACGUCGGAUAGGAGGGCGCCCGUCACACAAAGAAAGACAUUCAAUGAACAAAUUUGUCUCAAAAUUGAUUCUGUUGAAACCUUCGGGAGAGCAAUACGGGAAUUAAUUCUUGACGUUUUAGCUUAGUUGUCAUGGCACGAGCUAUAGAUAAACAUUUAAUCAAGAUUUUCCGGUGAAAUCCGCAGCAGUGAGCAAAACAAUACGCAUGUUUGCUUAAAAUGUCAAAACUAUCAUCCUUGGGGUUCUUGCACACAAGGCGAAAUUUAGGUUAUUUUGCAAUUUGAACUGCAGGAUCAGCUGAAUCAUCUCCAUUUUACAUUAUCCUCAAUACUGGACUUCACUUUAAUCAAUCAGCAUUGUGUCAGCGUUCAUUAAACUUAGGGACUGUUUACAUGGAGGGCCACAUGUUUUCUGUAUUCAGUUUACAUUCAAACGGUUGUACCUGCCCCUUCCAAGCCGAGAGGAAGGAAGAUCCCAGCACCAUGUAAAUUACUUUCGCUGGGAAGAUCCUAGUACCAGGGACAAACUAGGCAAAGAUGGCGGCAGGUAGUUCAGUGAGUAUAACGGCAGUAAAGGCCGACGAUUUCGUUUGGCGUUACCACGAGCUGAUAAUUGUGAUACUUCUGCUGAAAGGUAGUUGCUGAAGCCAGUAAAGAGAGCAGAAGGGUCGAAAUUACAUUUUUGUUACAGUCGCCCACCAUCUUUAAUUCCCUCUUUACUUGGUCACCACAAGGACCGAGAUUGGUAUGCAUAUAAACCCAAUUGAAAGUGGUUCCGCCUUCUAGGAUCUUCAGUGUGACUUGCACGUGAUUCGUAAUUGCAGCCAAUGAAAAUCGCACAAAUUUUCUGGACGGGCAUGGGGUACGGGAAAGUUAAAAAACAAUUUGUGACUCCCAUGUAAAAGAUCGCCGACCAAAUUUAUGAGCCUGGCUGACAACGUCAUCCCGUGUAAAAAGUUAACCCUUUUGCCCGAGCCAAAAGCGCUCGCGCAUGCUCUGUUUGUCUCGGCUUGGGCGAAUUGACCCAACUGGGCGAGUAAAUGCGUCUUUAUGGAGAAAAGUUAGCCUGGCUAGGAGGGUGACCCUAACAACACCGAAAAGGGUGACGUCACUUCUAGCAGAGUCAACGUUGGUUUCUCAUAUAAACGGUUCGCCACAUUUUGCAAGGAGAUGUAUGAAAAGUCAGCUCGCCCAGGGUAACCUUGGGCAGCCAGGCCACCUGACCUGACCCUUCUCGUCGGAACAACUUUUCUCCAUAAACGGGGCCUUAGUCAUUAUAUUUUUAGCGAGCAGGUCAUGCACAUAGCAUGUAUUUUUACUAUCAUUAUUAUUCUUUCCACUGAACAGGGCUUCUCGGUGAAACGAAUGUCUGAAUUGUUUUUUAAUAGAAAGGUGAAAUCAAAAACGGAGAAACUAACAACAACAAAGAGGCGUUGAAAAAAAUAUAUGUGUAAUAAAGCAGCGACAACUAGUUUGAUAUAAAGAAUGACGUCACUGCCUUCUUAAUAUUUCCCUGUUCCUUCGAUGACACUCAUGCAUAAUUCUUUAUAUCAUACUUAUUAGCCUUAUCCAAUAAUUGCUUAUUAUUGCUCAUAGCGUAAAAUGCGGACAUCUGCAAUGACGAAUUACUUGACAUGAUUUGGCAUUGCUCCACAUACUGACCGUCUAAACGAAUUAUCUACCGAUUACAGUGUGAAUGUUCUUCUACCUUAUUGUCAUUUAUUUUCGAGAGAGAUUUUUCGCGAGAGCGAUCUCCGUUGAGGAAAAAAUUCCAGAUCCACAAAAACAGGUUCUUUUUUACCGUAAUGCAGACAAGGGUUUGCGACCAGAACAUGAGCGAUAGCCUUUGCAGCGAGGUCAAAGCUACGGAAAGAAUGCUGUUACCAUCCAAGAGUGGCACCUCUACUAACACAAGAGCAGAAUAAAAAAAAUGUCUCCAUUCAUCUCGAUAUAGAAGAAAGAAACUAGUUCAAUGUAGGAGGUUGAGGGGCAAUAUCCACCAUUUUGUGUGUUUUGGUUUCAGGAGCAUGUGAAUGUGAAUUGUGAGUACCGAGAAAUCCUUUGCCAGAAUGACUGCGGAGCUAAAUUUCAGAAACGAUUUCUGCAAAAACAUCUUGAUAGAGACUGUCCAAAGAAGAUUAUCGCCUGUCCGUACUGUGACGACCGACACAUGCGAGAAGACAAAAAGGUGAAAUACCUUGUGAUAGUUCCUAUAAAAUGUGCAAAUCUUACUCUUCAAAAGCAAGUGCAAUAGACCUUUUCAGCUUUUUUGUUUUUUUCCCAAUUCAGACACGUGACGUUCUCCAGUGAAUUUGCCUUUUGGCUUUUCAUAAUUUCUGCAAAUAUAUGUAUGUAGUACACGUUCAUAGGGCGACAUUUAAAAGAAACAGUUCCCUGGGGUACCAUAAUUAACGUGGUCUGAAAAAAGAAAACAGAACAUACAGGCUAAAAAGGUCUAUAAUGAGAGACUAUUUUUCGCAGAAUAAUUUUUGACCCCAACAUCCAAAUUCAUAUUAAGUUCUUCAGACCGUUCUCCGCACAUUUCCCUAAGAAUUAGUUGAGACUAAUUCUCGCGACCUUUCCUCUUAAUCAUGUAAUGAUAUUGUUAGGAGAAAGCUGACUUUGGUCACUCUGCUGAAUGUGCAAUAAGGGGAAGAGCACUUAGCUACCCCGACUACUCCAGCUAGCGUGCAGGCUCUGCAUGCCAUUAAUCACAAUGAAAUCAAACAAAUUAAACAUAAAAUCUCGGUAAGUCCCGACUGGUAGUUAGAGUUAAAGUGAACUAUUUACGAGCUUGGCAGAGGAAAUGUACUCGGGACAGCAGAGAACAUUUUGGUGAAGGUCAGAGCGAAAUUCGUAUCCGGACAAGUGCAUGUACUCAGUAAAUGUAUUCCGGCCGUCAAUUCAGUCAAUUGGUCAAAUAAUUACUGUUUUCCUUCCACAGGCACAUCUGGCAGAAGAGUGCACGAAAUUACCACUGCCGUGCCCAAACAAAUGCGACAAGACGCUGGAAAUACCACGUGAUGAGGUACGUUUCAUCACAGGGUUCGUUCAGUAGUAUGCUGGUCAAUUCUUUGGGUCGCAGGCUCGACUGAAUCUCGACCGGACCAACACAUAGGGGCUGGCUUGCAAGUGACAAUGGUUUGGAUGAACACGCUGGCCGGUAUCACAGUCCUGUCUCCAGAAGGAGUAUUAAGAAAAGUAGAACCUGACAGUGCUUUCGAACAUAAUACUUCGCGCGAGAUACAUUGAUCCUUAGUUUAUUUACAGUCUAGUUCGCAGAGAGGUGUUCUCUGGAUAGUGGCGUUGUAGUAGCCAGCAUUUACAUAACAAAUUCGCAGUAGUAACAACCAAAAAAUGUAUUUGAAUUAACGUUGUUUUUUUUUUCAUAGAUGGACAAACACAUUGAGGAGGACUGUCCAAAGACGAAGAUGAGGUGUGAAUUUGAAGCCAUUGGUUGUACACAUCGGGUAAGACUUUACAUAUCCAAAACCAGUUAUUGUUUGUUCCACACUUAACUGAUAAGCGUUAUCUUGUUUUUGGCCCGGGGAGGAUACUCCCUCUGACGGCCUUUACGGGUAGGCUCACUGAGGCUCAGCUUGGAAGGGUACCUUUUUCAGGCUUCAGGGUAGGGGUCACCCUGGUUAAAAUAUAUGAAAGAGUAGGUAAAUCUGUCAUUGUGGUCUUUGAAACGAACUGAAAGGCCUGACUAAAAAGGGCAUUUUAAGGUUGUAAAUAGACUAAGAGGAGUCCCUCAUUUUCCAUCCAGGAUAGUAGAGCUAGCGAAACGCGAGCGGGCGUGAAAAUCAGCCCACGCGAGACGCGGCGCGGAGAGAGAAAAAUGAGGCGCUCGCGUUUCGCUCGCUCUGCUAUCCCUGAGGGAAAAUGAGGGACUACUCGUAGUCUAGGUCGUGAAAAAGACACGAAAACUUUCUGGCUUAGUGAUUUAUUCAUCUUUGAAAGAUGGUGCAUUUACUCUUUAAGGGUCCUUAAGCAAUGUGGUGCGCCUCCAGCUUAGCUGGCUAAGGUUUAUACAACCAUUGUUCGUCCUGUUCUAGAAUAUGCUGCCCCUGUCUGGCAAAAAAUACCAGAUUUGCUAUCUUGUAAGAUUGAGGGCAUUCAGAAAAGGGCUAUGCGCAUCAUUUUUCCUUUAAUGAGUUACAACGAGGCAUUAAAUGCCCUUAAUUUAACAACUCUAAGUGACGGACGCGCCUAUCUAUGCCAGGUUUAUAUUGAUAGACUCCGGAAUGAUAAUCACCCCUUGCAUUUUAUACUCCCCAAACAGGAGGAGGUUGUGCAUAAUUAUAAUCUUAGAUCUGGCAUUAGCCGCUCCACGCGUCCUACUUGUAGGACCAAGCGCACGCAAGAGUUUGUCACGCAUAAGUAUACCUAGUGGUUUGUACAAUUAUAUUUUCUAGUAUCUAUUGGAUUUAUUGUAUUAUAUUUUAGUAUUAUAUGUUUUGUAAAUAGCUCUGUAAUUCAGCCAUUCUGAAUAUUGCUGCAAUGAGUCUUAAUAAACAGUCAUUAUUAUUAUUAUGGCAUAUAAAUGGCAUAUAAAAGGGUAAGGGGUUGGACCUCGGGGUGGAGCCUCCCGUAUAAAAUCUUGUUGGGUACCUCGAUGAGGUGUUGUGCAUGUGUCUUGAACUGGAUGAAUUAAAAUGGAGCUUUGGGAAUAGGCGCAAUUGUGUAACCGUUGUUUCUUGCAAUGUCCCGGUAAAGAGCUUGCUUGCUGGCUUCUUACAAAAGUACGUUGGACAUCUUUCUCUUGCAGUGCAGCCGAGAAAAACUUCCAAAGCAUUACAAGAACAACAUGGUUGAGCACGUCAAGUCGAUCUUCAGCAAGAUAUCCCAAGAACAUGAAAGACUAGAGAAGAAUGAAAGGAUGCUUACAGAAAACGUCGACCGCAUAAAACAACUGGACAAGCGCGUUGGAGACCUGGAAAAAAUCGCUAACAGUCAGCUGAUCUGGCGGAUCGAGGACUACACGCGGAAGCUGAAGGAAGCGAAGGCGGGCAAUAGUGACACGCUGUUCAGUCCAACGUUUACAACCAGUAAACACGGCUACCGCCUGUGCGCCUCCGUGUGCUUGAACGGCGACGGAAAGGGCAAAGGCACGCACAUGUCUGUGUUUAUCAGUGUACUUAGAGGUGAGUGAAAUGGUUAGAAAUUACAACGAGUUCAUUCAAGAAGUUUGAUUAACAAACAGUACCGAUACAUCAUGCCUUUCAGUAAGAAACUAUAAGCUCAAUGUUGCCCGCCAUUACAGUUUUACACAACUCCUACCUCUAUAACACAGACACCGUUUUUAAAAUAUAUGGUCUAUAAGCAUUGUCCCUUUAGUUUAGCAAAAAAAAGUCUUUUCUGCCCGCAUCCUCUACAACGGCUCUUAAGCCCCGCGGAAAAUGAUGGAACAUUGUUGGAUGCUACAUGGUCCUUCCGUUUGUACACCCUGUUGUAUGUUAUUAAGAGAUAUUGCGCAAAGUUUGAAACCGGUCAAACUUUUGACCCAACAACUCCCAACAUUUCUUUUGUUCCGUGAUUUCCGAAGCGUAGCGCUACAAUGUUGGAUCCGUUUGCACAGCUCUUCCAACAUUGUUGGUGGGGGCCAAGCACGCUCAUUACGCUCAGCCUCCAAAGUCUCAUGGGCUGUAUCUUUCCCACGAUGCACUGCGGGUCCCAGCAUUGUUGGGAGUUGUUGCAUCCGUUUGUACACCACUGCCAACACAGACGCAACAACUUCCAACAAUGUUGGGAGUUGUUGUGUAGGUUUGCACGUAGCUUUACGUUUAGAGCCCAUCUGAAUAAUCAGUUAAAUUUGUUCUCAGGAGCUUUCGACGCUUUGCUAAAAUGGCCGUUCGACUAUCGAGUCACGUUUUACUUGCUGGAUCAAGACGACGACCACACACAUCGGAAACACAUCAAAUUCACCAUCAAACCCAACCCCUGUCCAGAGAACGAGCCAUUCCUUGGAAGACCAAAACUGGAGAAAAACGCCAGCUUUGGUGGUGCAAAAUUCGCUAAACACGAAGAAAUCGAGACCCGGAACUACCUCAAGGACGAUACCAUUUUCCUGAAAAUCGCCAUUGAAUGUGAUGGACUUAGUGAGCCAUGAAAAACAAAGCAGGUUUAGAUCUUCAGUAACAUGCAACUGGAUUUCUGUAACUCCUGUCAAUGAAGGGCCUGUGUUUCCAUAUGCGCAUGUACGGAUUUGAUUGACACUGAAAGACUUUUAACAAAUAGCAAUCGCACAACUUAGUAACGCGUGCAUGCCACUCAAUGUUGCGUGAAGACAAUACUGCAUCGAAUGGAAACACAUACAAUUUAGCUCUUACCAACUCGCAUCCUCAUCGUUUCUGCCAACUUACACUUUUUCCACUUUUAGACACUACCCUUGGAAAAGCAAUGCGCUUUCGUUUUUAAAACCCCUGGAGGACAGGGGAUACUUCAAUCAUACUAAAAAACAACCAAAUAUUCCUUGAAAACCCUCCGCAAAUGACAGAUAAUUUCUUGCAUACGAUAAUACAUGAUAUAUUUGAUACGAUAAGCGCAGCGCAUGCGAAGAAGCAUGUACAGGCCCAUGAUUAUCAGUACAUAUAUUUUCUCGUUGUAUACCUAGGUAGAGCAAAAUAUAGCUUAAGCCACGGAUUAACUGACAGCUCAAUCACCAACAAACUCCAUUUAUUGCGCAGAAGUUUCUCUGGAAGAAGUGUGAAUGGAAUGGUCAGAUUGGGUUUAUCAGUGCACAGUUUAUAGGGAAUACGAUCAUAUUAUAUUAUACUAUUGAAUUACGGCUGUGUGUUAGAAAAAAUGCAGAGGAAAUUUUUAUAUGCAGUUAU